AUGACUGCCGCUACUUAUCCAGAGAAGCUGGAUUUCUCAACCUUUUCCAACAUUAUCAAUGGCCAAGUCAGAGGUACCGCGGUAACACGACAUGGUGUCAACCCUUCAACAUUCGAGACGUUGCCACCAUGUCCCGUGUCAACCCAAGCAGACGUUGAAGAAGCUGUACAAGCAGCCCGCUCUGCAUUCAAACUUUGGAAAACGACGCCUAUUGAGGUUCGAAAAGAGAACAUCAAGGGUUUGGCAGCUGCACUCUUGGCACAGAAGGAAGAUUUCUCACGUCUGCUUAUAAAGGAGCAGGGAAAGCCUACUAUGUUUGCCGACCAUGAGAUCGUCCGGGGAGCUCACUGGCUUACUGGGACCUGCGAGCUUGAGAUGCCUGUGGACGAGGUAGAUAACGACCCAGAGAGACGCAUCUUCACUCGUUAUGUACCUCUGGGAGUGGUUGUCGGAAUCGUUCCAUGGAAUUAUCCCAUUAUGCUUCUGUGCGGAAAGCUUGGCCCGGCACUGAUGGCAGGCAACUGUAUCAUCGUUAAGCCUUCUCCCUUUACACCCUAUUGCGGCAUCAAAAUCGUCGAGCUUGCACAGCAUUUCUUCCCACCUGGCGUAGUACAGGUCCUCAGUGGAGGCGAUGAUCUAGGUCCAAUGUUAACAGCUCAUCCAGGCAUUGACAAGAUCAGCUUCACAGGCUCGACGGCAACAGGUAAAAAGGUCAUGGAGAGUGCCAGCAAGAAUCUGACUAGAGUUACUCUGGAACUGGGAGGAAAUGAUGCUGCGAUUGUAUGCCCAGAUGCAGACGUAGAGAAUUCAGCUUCUCAGAUUGCAGUAGCUGCAUUUAUGAAUGCAGGCCAGAUCUGUAUUGCUGUCAAACGCAUUUACGUGCAUCAAGAUAUAUAUGACACUUUCAAGGCCUGCCUCAUCAGGCACUUAUCGCAGCUCAAAGUCGGCGAUGGAUUCGCAGAUGGCACCUUUAUGGGGCCAGUUCAGAACGAACUCCAAUUUGAGCGUGUGAAGGUACACCUGGAUGAGAUAGCAAAAAACAAUUAUGCUGUCUUGCAGGGUGGAGAUAUGCCAGAGGGUCAGCAGAAAGGGUUCUUUAUCCAACCCACCCUUGUGGAUAACCCGCCGGAUGAUAGCAAAAUCGUCACCGAGGAACCAUUCGGGCCAGUAGUGCCUUUGCUAAAGUGGUCUGGUGUAAACGAGGUCUUAUCCCGUGUCAACGCAAGUGACAUGGGCUUGGGAGCUUCAAUUUGGACGGCUGAUGAGGAGCUUGGCAUGCGCAUCGCUGAGGGUCUUGAUGUUGGUAGUGUUUGGUUCAAUGAGCAUCUAGCCAUUGAACCUACAGCUACGUUCGGAGGUCACAAAAAGAGCGGUUUAGGGCGCGAAUGGGGGGUUGAUGGACUGCGAGGUUAUUGCAACUCCAAGACAUUUUUUAUUAAAAGAACCAAGUAG